GGGCGAAGAAGGGCACGGGCUAGGAGGGGCAGUUGGAGUGGGGGAGGAGGCGGAAGAGGGAAUUAGUCUCGGCUAUUGGGGCGCCGGGACUAGUUCAACGUGAGUUUAAAUAUUUUUCAUAAAACACCUCGUUAACCUCUAAUAUUACUAAAUAAAAUUAGAGAGGAAAUUUCGCGAUACACGAAACUGUCUCUUUACACGACUGACCUUCUCGAAACUGGUCCGUCCCGGGAUCAACAGCUUCUCCAUUGUUCUUCCUCGAGCCCCAAGUUUGAGGCCAUUUGCACUUCAGUGCUUCUGAGUUCGAAGUACAUUAUUCAGCAGAGGUCAUGCAGGCUUCAAGAGCAAGGCUUUUCAAGGAAUACAAAGAGGUGCAACGAGAGAAAGCAGCAGACCCGGAUAUCCAGUUAGUAUGUGAUGAUUCUAACAUUUUCAAAUGGACUGCUCUUAUCAAGGGACCUUCAGAAACCCCUUAUGAAGGUGGUGUGUUUCAGCUUGCAUUUGCUAUUCCAGAGCAGUACCCUUUACUACCUCCACAAGUGCGUUUCCUGACUAAAAUUUUCCAUCCAAAUGUGCAUUUCAAGACUGGGGAGAUUUGCCUUGAUAUCUUGAAGAAUGCUUGGAGUCCUGCAUGGACCCUUCAGUCUGUUUGCAGAGCUAUAAUUGCUUUAAUGGCUCAUCCAGAACCUGAUAGCCCUCUCAAUUGUGAUUCAGGCAAUCUUCUCCGGUCUGGUGACAUCAGGGGAUACCGGUCGAUGGCAAGGAUGUAUACAAGGCUUGCUGCCAUGCCAAAAAAAGGUUAAGCUUCAAGAGAAGUGUAUCACAUGCGCACACUCGUAUUGUGUGUACCAUCGUAUCCAAUGUUAUUGUGACGUUAAUGUAUGAGGAUAAAAUUGGUUACUAUCUUAUGACAUCCAAUUAUGGAUCUUGAUUAUGUUACUUUUAUGUGCAUUUGUGUGGCACCGUUUAUAGACCUUUUGCCUAGAGAUCAUGGAUGUAUGGUGAGUGCAAUAUAAUUUUGUUGUAUGAAAUGCAGGGCUUUUAGUUA